AUGGCCGAGCAGUCGAAGGAGCAGCGUAUAGGGGCCCUCCACGCCUCCAUAGCCAACCUGCAAAGCCAACAAGCCCAACUAGAAGCCGAAUUAGCAGAACUCAAAUCUCAGCUCAAGUACGUUGCCCAGCAGCAACAAGCCUCUCAGACAUUUUUAAUUUCUAGCUCUCAAUUCCUGGCCCUGUCUGACCGCACUAGACACGAUCCCUCGGAGACGGUGACACGGCAUAUCCGCCUCCUGCAUGAGUACAACGAGAUCAAGGAUGGGGCCCAGGGCCUAAUGGGACUGAUUGCAGAAAGCAGGGGUGUGCGACACGUCGAUGUGCAGCGGGAGUAUGGCGUGAAGGAGCGGGACUGA